UGCGUGGUUGCUUAACGAUGGAUUUCUGUGGACUUUAUCAAGAGUGAUUGAGCACGUUUGACGGGAAUGCGAAACCACUUGUAACGCUCUCUAGUUAAUUUAUAAUGAAGUGCACUGGUGACAACUGUUAAAAACUCGAACGUAACAAACAGAAGAAAGGGAAUAGCAAACACUCAAGGUUGACCAAUCGAAAAUAUUUUAUUAGAAGAUUUAUCAUAUUUAAUCAUAACAAGUUGACAAUAGAGAGAGGAGAGGAAAAUUGAAGUCAUUUUCAGUGGUUUGGUUACCUUCGUCGGAAGAGCAAGCGAGGAGGAAGCGGGAGAAACGAAAAAGAAAGGACACUUUUACUCUUCAUUUAUUUCCUAUCAGAGGACUCAAGCCAGCUUCAUUUCAUUAUGAAAUACGUACACCAGAUCGCCAUCAGUAUCGCUUUCCUUCUUCUACUGCUGAUCGACACUACGUGUUAUGCACGUCACAUCGACUGCAGAAAAUACGUAUUUGCACCUAAAUGCCGCGGAGUUUCUGCUAAACGAUCCAGCCCAAGUGAACAGAUGAUAACCGAUUCAACCAAAGACGAGACCAAUUAUCUACUAGACGAUGGCAGCCUCGACCUAGGUGCACUUGAGCAACUUCAACAAGGUUCAGAUAUAUCAGGGAAGGAAGAGUCAUGGUUUGGGAACGAGGAAGAUGACGCGGACCGAACGAAUCGACUUAGGUUAUCAAAAUUAGACGAAAUUCGUCAGUUGUUACGGAAGCUACAGUAACGCAUCCGCAGUGCUAGUUGCCGCGAGACAGCUACGAAAGUAUUUGUCCGGCCUGGCUUAUUUUUCUACUAAUGGAAAUUGAACAGCCGCAUCACACCAGAUUCACUAGACAUCGAUACGGGCAUCGGUUAUCCCUGACGUUUCAUUGGAUGAUACUCAAUGUUUAGAGAAGGAAUUUCCUGCUACCAGCCAAUCGGAUUACAGAAUUUACAUUCAUUUGCUUCAUCUGAUGGAUUAUUAUUUUUUAAUUAUACAUGUAUACAUGACGUCACUUCGAAAGGCCGAAGACAAAAUCACUCGUGCAUGGGACGUAAUUAUAUGUAACUACAAGAAAUCGGAAUUCUUCUUGUAAAAUAUAAAUUGAUGUACCGAGUUCUCUGGAUAACUUGAUAAGGCAAUUAUCGUGGAUACCCAAGCAGGGACAAUAAAACUACGAUAAUGAACUUUUUACCUCCAUGUCAUAACAGACUGUAAAAAUAACCUUUAAAACGCGUAUUCUUGUGUUCCCCAUGGUGUUUCCUAUUUGCACACCACACGUUUUACUGGUGUUUCCUGAACGUCACCGUGUGUUUUGUAAGCGUUCAUUCCGCAACCGCAACGGGCGUUCUCAACACUGUGCCAUGGCCUCCACAGAGUUACUAUUAAGCCACAUAAGACUGAAAAAUAUUCAUUGAUCAUCCCUGCCCGCCCCUCAGUAUUGGUAGACCGAUGUUCUUUUCAAAUUAUGCUUUGUUCAGAGUAUUGCCAAUAAAACGCACGGUUGCCGGCGCUGUGACAAGAUAAUCGCCGGUUUUAAUCAUUACAAGAUUUUUAUUCAAAACAAUUCGUUUCAAAGAUGUCCUCCGUAUUUGACGGUGUAGAGUGAAACCCGCGCUUUUACAAAUAAACUUUUUUGAACGUUUCAACGGAAAAAUCCUUAUUGGAUUUUCAAAUAACAUAAACUAAUAUGCACCCCACCCCAUAAGGCUACAUCAGCGAAAUGAAAAACCUGAAUCUCAAAAAAAACAUUUUUUUCAUUUUAGCGAAAAAUCUCUACGGGGUUGGCCGAAAACCCUUUUAAGGUUUUUCAAAAGCUCAAAACCCCUUUUUUCUAAGAAUGUGUCUCUGCCUGUGAGAAGCCUUCACCUUAGUUUUGAUAUAUAUGUAAACUGCCUGAAGGCACGCACUGCUGAUAUUGUAAAAUCAUAUCGGGAAUGGUGUUAAAAUUGUCCGGUGCUUUACCAAGCGCGGUGCCAGUAAUCGAGCGCACUAUGUACAUGUUUGUUAUGAAGAAAAUAGUGGAAAUCUCUGUUAAUAUGUCCUCGACCUCGGAGAACAGUAAGAUUAAGGUCAGUUUAGGUUUUAGGCAAUAAUGACAAAAACGUGAAUUUCUUCUCAUGCCGCCUGUAAUGUUUAUCACCGCGGUUUCGAUUACCGUACGAAUGACCCAGCGAUGCCUUCUUGCGGAUAACAUGGUCUCCAGAAAAGUGCUAACCUGUGACACAUGAGCAAAUUGUCAACAGACUAGGUGGUUGCCAAUACCAAAUAGCACCAGCAGCGCUCCGCUCCUAUGGCAGAGGUUGAAAAAGUGCCCGAUUCUAGCAGGGCGGUUUUUUGGCCAACCUAUGGUGUGUUGGUGAGAUUGUUCAUUGAGAAACCACGUGGUAAAUAUACUGAUGUUCAAAAAUGUGAUAUUCGAGCUGAGCUCAGUUCAGUCCCGAACCAUUCGCAAUCGGUGUCUGGUGAGAUAAUAAACAAGGUAUAAAGUACUUACUA